AUGGCAAAGAAGGGCGCCAGGUUGCCUUCGAAGCAAACGUCCUCGCUACGCGCGAGUACUGCAUGCAGAUACGGAAUUGAGCAUUUGAGGAUUGCGUUCGUCUCAUGUCUCUCCUAUCAGUCAACUCUCUCGAAUGGAUCCGGUCCAAGGAAAGAAAAGGAAGUUGAGAAUCGGAAUCCCGAUUCUCACUUUCACCCGUACUUUUCGACCUAUACCAGUCCCAUUAACCACCCUAAUGGACGAGUGAUAGAAGUCAAGACAAAAGAUGUUGUUAUGUGUUCUGUUCCAAUUCCCUACCUAACUAACUACUAUCUAUUUCUCAUAGAUAGUAGUGGAUAUAGUUCAUCUUUCAAGGUUUAUCUUAACAAGUUCAAAUUGAACAUGGAUUAUCGAAACAAGGCACGAUGA